AUGACAGACAAUCACUCUAGUGCCACUGAAUUCUGCUUUCUUGGCUUCUCUGCGUCCCCAGAGCUACAGCAAUUCUUUUUUGCUGUAUUCUUCUUCUUCUGUUCAGUGACAUUAAUGUGAACCACAGUCAUCAUCAUGAUUGUCUGUGCUGAUAAACAGACAGUAAAGUACUUCUUCCUUGGCCACCUCUCUGUCCUAGAGAUCCUGGUCACCACCACAAGUGUCCCCAUGAUGCUUUGGGGAUUGCCUCCUGGGAUGCAGACAAUGUCUUUGACUGCAUGCAUUGCCCAGCUCUCCCUGUACCUUGCUGUGAGGACAGAGUUGGCAUUACUGGGAGUGACAGUUGUGGACUGUUAUGUAGCUGUCUGCAAACCUCUGAGGUACAACAUCAUUAUGAACUGCAUGUGGGUGGUAGUUGUGUCAUGGGUGUUUGGGUUCCUUUCUGAAAUCUGGCCAGUCUAUGCUGCGAUGCAGCUCACAUUCUGCAAAUCAAAUCUGUUAGAUCAUUUUUACUGUGACCGAGGGCAAUUACUCAAGCUAUCCUGUGAUGACACUCUUUUCACAGAGUUUAUUCUAUUUUUAAUGGCUGUUUUUAUUAUCAUUGGUUCUUUGAUCCCUACAAUUGUCUCCUACACCUACAUCAUCUCCACCAUCCUCAAGAUCCCCUCAGCCUCCGGCCGAAGGAAAUCUUUCUCCACAUGUGCCUCCCACUUCACCUACAUCGUGAUUGGCUAUGGCAGCUGCUUGUUUCUGUAUGUGAAACCCAAGCGAAUGCAGGCGGCUGAGUACAAUAAGACACUUUCCCUGUUGGUUUCUGUGCUAACCCCUUUCCUGAGCCCUUUUAUCUUUACUCUCCGGAAUGACAAAGUCAAAGAGGUCGUUCGAGAUGGAGUGAAAGGCUGUUGUAAACUCCUCAAAGACUAG